AACGAAGGCUGUCCACAUUUUCCUCUCCAUCACCAAAUCUUAAAGAAAUACGUUUUCUCAAACUUUGAGACGAAAAUGUCUGACGGACAACAAGAAAGUAUGCUUUCAAGAUGCCGUAAGUUGCGUUUGGAAAACCCAACAUUAUGGAGUCAUCAUUUUGGUGGCUGGACGCACACUGUGGGCUUGAUUAAGCAGAAUCUGUGCUGUGACGAUGGGUUGUUAUUUAUUACAUCUGCUGAAGACCUCGCUACAGAAGAAGCAAAGGUAAUAUCUGAGCCAUGGGUGGGUAUGGUGCAUCAAGUUCCCAAAAAUAACUACGAAUGGUUCCCAGAUCUUAAAAGAAUGGUUGUCGACACUACAUUCCGGCAGUCGUUGAUGCAGUGUAAGGGGUUGUUUUGCUUGUCUUCCGUAGUUUCGGAUUUUCUUCGGGAGCACCUACCAGAUGUUCCAGUGACGAGGCUGCUAUAUCCCUACACCCCCACCAACUCGAGGUUUAACAAGGUGGAUUUCUUUUCGAGAAAAAACACCACCAGGGUGCUGUUCGUGGGGGAAUAUAUGCGUAACUUUCAGUAUUUCUUUGAUCUUGACCUGCCACCUGGUUUUCAGAAGAUUUUGUUACAGUCUCCUGACGUAAACAUGAAAACAAAUGGCAUUGUCACCAAUGACAGCGUUACUAUUCGCCAAUACGUCGGCAAUGACGAGUACGAUGCUUUGCUAUGUAAUUCUGUUGUCUUUCUAAAUUUGUUUGACGCGGCGGCCAAUACCACUGUUCUUGAAUGUAUAAUCAGAAAUACCCCCAUCGUUGUCAACAGACUUCCCGGGUUAGAAGAAUAUUUGGGCAGGGAUUAUCCAUUGUUUUACGACACUGCCAUUGAGGCGCGUGAGCUGUUGACGUCAGAUCAGGCUUUGCAAAAAGGAAGUGAGUAUCUUGAAAACCUGCCUCUUAAAACUUCUCUUAAUGACAACAGUUUUCUUCAUGCAUUGCAAAACAGUGCCACCUACCGCCUUUUACCGGUUCCAGCUUCUCAGAAGGCCAUUUCUCAACGAAUCCCUGAAUACGACAUAACUGUUAUGAUCUGUUCCUACAAGCGAGUAUACAACAUGGAGAAUCUUCUUCAAUGCUUUGUCAACCAGACCAUUGAUAAGAAUGUCGAGAUCAUCGUUUGGAACAACAACUACUCUGCUAGAGACGAACUGCAAUUGAUCUGCGACGGCUUCAAAGGAAAGUUAGACAUAAAAGUGAUUCAUAGUACAGAAAAACUAUUACUGCAUCGUGAGGUUGGCUGUGACAAGUCUUAUGCGCAGUGACGUCCUGGUCAUUUGCGAUGAUGACGUCGUACCGUCGCCUGUCUUUCUUGAAGAGUACAUGACCAAGUACAUGAAGUAUGGGCCAGACACCGUUCUUUGCUGUAGAGGACACAAAUUUUGGCGGCACGAGUUGAACGAAGAACAUCCAGAAACAACAUGGAUGAUGUAUGAAGACUUGAAGUUUUACGACGAAUCUGUGGAGGAUAUAAAGAUCCAUUUUCUUCACGCUGAUACAUGCUUGUUCCCAAAGCAUAAUCUUAGCUAAAGCGUUGCAAUAUCCGCUUCCAAAUUAUGACGUGAUAUUAGUUGACGAUUAUUGGUUUCGUACGGUCUUCUCCCAUCUCCUCAGAGUUCCAAUAUGGAAAAUCAACGGAGCAAACCUGUUCACAUCAACACCUUGUGCAGAAGACGGCAACAUCGCACUGUACAAGAAUAGCCGGGUUCGCGAGGAAAGGGUUAAUUUUUACGUGUAUCAUAUGAGACAUGGUUGGCCAAACAGCGUAGAAUGUAUUGGCGAAGAUGAUGAUCAACCGUUCUAAAAGUGAAAUGUGUUUGGACGUUCAUAAAAUAAUAGAGUUAGCAAUGCCUCAAUAAAAUUAUAUCCACAAUGGAGAAUCUUCCGUUAACAAUUCAACCUGAUUUGUGUUCUAACCUUAAUUCCAAUGUAACCGGAUAAUCGUUGAUCGUCAUACUUUGAGAGCAAAUGUCUUACAAAGUUUGCUAUCGAUGCCUUAAUUUAAGGCUGUACAAUUUAAGACUCUCUGUCAUCUGUCAUCCUUAUAAAUCUAGCUUAUUUCUGCGUUUAAUGUCUUACAGUAUUUCAAGUUUUUAUUGCAUAUAUCUGUUUAGCUUGAAAUAAGUAGGACUAGUAAAGCUCAUGGAGUCGUGACCUACUCGAAAUGUGGAGAUAUCAUCAAGUUUUAGAUAUUGCUCUUCAGAAUCACUGGAGAAACUUGAUAAUGUUGUCGUAUUUGCCUUGUACAAUUUGCAUACACACAAUAAAUCGUGAAUCUCUUUAACUGAUUUGUUCACUGGAA